UUUUUCUUUUUUAACAAAAACAAGCGGCGUGCUAAGAACUGCAACCCGUCCGGGAGGUUUUCAGCCUUGGCCGGAGCCGCCGGAGCCCCCCCGGGGCCGGGAGGCUGCGCUGGCCCGGGCUCAGCGGGAGGCUUUCUGGGACGGCCAUUCCCGACUCCAGCCGGUGUCCGGGCUGUGUGUGAGGGCAGAGCCGCCGCAGCUCCGCUCGCACCGGCCGGCAGCGGCAUGGCGCUCCGCGGAGCCUGCCUCCUCCUCUGCCUCCUCUCCCUCGCCCAGCUCUCCGACCAGCAGAACGGCAAAGCCCGGCAAAAACCGGCGGCUCCCAAGAAAGAUGGUGUGAGCCUCAAAAUGAUUGAAGACCUGAAGGCUAUGAUUGACAACAUCUCUCAGGAGGUUGCUCUACUGAAGGAAAAGCAAGCACUCCAGACAGUUUGCCUGAAGGGCACCAAAAUUCAUCUGAAAUGCUUUCUGGCGUUUUCGGAGACCAAGACGUACCACGAGGCCAGCGAGAACUGCAUCUCUCAGGGCGGCACGCUCAGCACGCCGCAGAACGGGGAGGAGAACGACGCCCUCUACGACUACAUGCGCAAGAGCAUCGGCUCAGAGGCCGAGGUCUGGCUGGGCCUCAACGACAUGGCCACGGAGGCCAAGUGGGUCGACAUGACGGGCAGCCCCAUCCGCUACAAGAACUGGGAGACUGAAAUCACCACCCAGCCCGACGGUGGCAAGCUGGAAAACUGCGCGGCUUUGUCGGGGACCGCCAACGGCAAGUGGUUCGACAAGAGGUGCCGAGAGCAGCUGCCCUACAUCUGCCAGUUCAUGAUCGUGUAGUGGCUGGGCCUCCCCCCUGCCCACCCAGCCCGGUCUCCACCCUGGGCAGCAGGAUGAUGAAGCUGUAGCUGUGUGUACGCCUCCACGUCCAUCCGCACGCCCACACGCACGUGUUCGCGCAGUAGAGUCACCCUUUGCAGAGAGAGUCGCCGCGGCUCGCUGGCGGGCUAUAGAGCCCUAGAGCAUUUCCUUUGGCCACAUCCAGCCCUGUUCACAGCUGCACUGCUCUUCCUAAGGCACGAUUGGUAGAUAUAUAUUUUUUUACACAGGGAAUUUAUUAGGACAGCUCAGUUGUUCCAGCAAAGAACCAGUGCACAGAACCAGUGCAGCAGUCCAGCCUGGCAUACAGCUGCUUCGGCUGGCCAGGGCUGUCGCUCUGCAGUGUCCUUUCCCAUUUUGCUGGGCUUUCACCAGCAUAGGCAUUUUCUGCUUUCUUCUCUUGUUUUGCUUCCCCAUAAGCCCUGGCAGCAAUUUGGGAGAGUUCCAUGAUCCUCACAGUUCAGCCUUGUGAGGAUCAAGGUCCUGUCUCAGCAAGCAGAGGGAGCUGCUUCUGCUUUGCAUUGAAAGAUGCAAUUUGGCUUAUUUGGUAGGGUACCAGCUGCUCAACUAGUCAAAUUACAUGUCUAAAUUAAUUAGCAAGUUACAGGCAUGUUUGGUCCUCUUCUCAUCAGCUAGAAGCCAGUUCCACUGACUUCAGUGGGAGAGCAAGGCCCACUGUCAGA